CGUGAUAGUACGUACCUACAAUAACAAUACAAAUAUCAUAUUACAUAGAUUCCAUAAGUGGGGUUUUGUAAUCAGAUUUGUGUUUCAGUUAUAUGUUAAUAUUAAUGAUUAAGACAUAAUUAAUUAGUACAACCCAUUAAGUGGCUGAUUAUUUUGGUUACCACCAUGGUUAGCACGGAGGCAACGAUCUUUGUUUCCUUGACAGCCGUGUUGACCGUGGUGUCAGCUUAUAAGAAUCCACACUAUGAAAACGGGCGGUCAGUCAACGUGCAUCUCUUCGAGUGGAAAUGGGAUGACAUCGCGGAUGAGUGCGAGCGCUUCCUGGGCCCUAGGGGAUAUGGCGGUAUACAGAUUUCACCACCGAAUGAAAACGUAGUACUAUGGACGUAUAACCGUCCGUGGUGGGAACGCUACCAACCCAUGUCGUAUAAGCUGGUGACACGAUCAGGAAAUGAACACCAGUUCGCUGACAUGUUGCGACGGUGUAACGCUGCUGGAGUUAGGAUAUACGUGGAUGCGGUAAUAAACCAUAUGACUGGCGAGCCUCCUGAGAAUGUGGGUACCGCAGGCAGCACAGCAGUGUUCGGAGAGUGGUACUAUCCAGGGGUUCCAUACACACGGGAUCACUUCAACUGGCCGCAUUGCGUCAUCGAUGGUAUGGACUACGUGAAUAACGCAUUUAGGGUACGAAAUUGUGAACUCGUCGGAUUGAAGGAUUUGAAUCAAACUGACGAGCACGUCCGGAAUAUGAUAGUAGACUUCAUGAAUAAAUUGAUAGACUUGGGUGUUGCUGGUUUCAGAAUCGACGCAGCUAAACAUAUGUGGCCAGAAGACCUCAGGAUUAUUUACAAUCGGCUUCAUAACUUGAACACUGAUCACGGAUUCCCAGAAAACGCUCGACCGUACAUCUACCAAGAAGUUAUUGACUACGGUGGUGAAGCCGUAAGCCGAGAUGAAUAUACUCCUAUAGGUGCUGUUACGGAGUUCAAAGUUGGCAUGGAACUUAGUAAUGCAUUUAGGGGAAAUAAUCAACUUAAGUGGUUGGAGUCUUGGGGUCCACAAUGGGGUCUCUUGGCCCAUGAAGACGCUUUAAUUUUUAUUGACAAUCAUGAUAAUGAAAGAGGUCAUGGCGGUGGUGGUGGAAUUCUUACAUACAAAGAACCAAGACCUUACAAAGCGGCGAUUGCUUUCUUAUUGGCUCAUCCGUAUGGAGAGCCACAGAUUAUGAGUAGUUUUGGGUUUGUCGACUCCGAGGUUGGCCCACCGAUGGACGCACAAGGAAAUAUCAUCUCGCCCUCCAUUAAUUCAGAUGGUUCUUGUGGCAACGGAUGGAUAUGCCAGCACCGCUGGAGGCAAAUUUACGCCAUGGUAGCGUUCAGGAAUGUGGCUUCUGGCACGGGCCUUAAUAACUGGUGGGAUAACGGAAGCAACCAAAUAGCUUUCUGUCGCGGUAGCAAUGCGUUCAUCGCCAUUAACAAUGAUUACUGGGAUCUGAAUCAAAACUUACAAACUUGUCUCCCAGCUGGUACAUAUUGUGAUGUGAUAUCAGGAGACAAGGUGAACAACACGUGUCAGGGUAAAUCGGUGACGGUAGGCAGUGAUGGCCGAGCGAACAUCUUUGUAGGUGCCACCGAAUACGAUAUUGUACUGGCCAUACACGUUGGCCCAGAGAGUCUCCUAUAAAGAUUUUACAACAUUGUGAUGGCAUCAUCAUGGGUUUGUAAUAUAUUAGAUUUUUAAGUACUGAUUUGUAAACAAAAAUAUAAUAUUAAGCAAUAAA